UGAAUCUUUAAAGUUUAAUGUUUUUUACAACUUACAAUAAUUCUUGCCACGACAACUUCUCACAUAUCUGAAUCACAUACUGCUUUUACACUAGCUACCUGUGGGACUAGUUAAAGAACGGGACUUCCUCGUAUUACGACUCACGACUACUACUACUAAGAUCAAGAUGGAGAAGGAUAAUGCAAAUCCCACCAUCCUCAAUACCUCCCAACUUCCAACGCGACAGCGCAAGAAGGGUCGGAGAGUGCAGAGAACGGCCGAGUCUAAGAUCCUAGACAUUAUGCGCAAACCGCAAUAUCUAUCAGACUCCUUAUACGGUUUUGGUACAUCCUGGUCAGAUGACACUGAGAGUGACGACGAAUUCGCUGCGGAACCCAUUGACGAGCAGGAGGUAUAUGAUCUCAUCUCUACUAUUUCUGACCCCGAGCAUCCGUUAUCGCUCGGUCAGUUAGCAGUCGUGAAUUUGCCCGAUAUCCAUAUAUCACCCUCUCCCUCAGUAGAUGCGGACCCCAACACUUUGACACAAGUACUCGUCAAGAUUACUCCCACCAUUACGCAUUGCUCACUUGCAACCGUCAUCGGCCUCGGUAUACGCGUGAGGCUAGAACAGGCACUCCCCCCCAAUUAUCGGGUGGAUGUCGUGAUUAAGGAGGGAACCCACAGUCAGGACGACCAGGUCAACAAGCAAUUAGCAGACAAGGAAAGAGUCGCAGCAGCAUUAGAAAAUGACACCCUCAAGGGAGUACUAGACAAAAUGUUGGAGACUUGCAUUUGAGACACCUUCCAGUACUGAUCUACAUUCGGAAUAGUCCAAGGUUAAAAAGAUCAUUGAAUGCUUAUAGAACACCAAGCAACAUGGGAGUACAAACUGACGAUGAUCCUAUGUAUCGGUCUCUUCAAGAUGUCCACGUCACUCCGGUCGACUUUGAAAUAUGAAGUGUUCGUCCAAGCUUCUCGAAGACAAGAAAUUCAUGCAUACCGGUCUGGCUAUCGCCCACUCAGAGAAUAGAAAGCCGGCUUUACUCACCUUGGUAGGCCUAGAAAUGGCAACUAUCAUAAAAAGGCCCACACCGGUCUAA